AUGUUAGUCUUAGCAGUAUGUGGUUCAGUUAUACUAGUGAACAAACAAGGCACAAAAAUACAAGGAGUAACUUUGUUUGAGAAGCACAUCUAUACAGGGAAGGUGUUUAGUGUGAAAUGGCUGUCUGAAGAAUCUGUGCUAACUAGUGGUCCUGAGGGUGAGAUUAUACGAUGGAGUGUUGAUGCAAAUCUUGGAGAAGUGGAAAGAAAAGAUGUGUGGAUUCUACCAACAAGCAAACAGCGAUGGACAAGUGCUGCCACCUGGAUUCAGCAGUAUGAGCUCCUCAUUGUUGGCGACAGAGUUGGUUCUGUUCAUGUGUAUAAAAAGUCAGAAAAGAAUGCAGUCCAGUCAUUCUUCAAGGUCCAUGGCCAGGGAGGUACCACUGAUGUCCAUUACCACCAAGGCUCUGUAUAUACAGCUGGGAGAGAUGGUUGCUAUCGGCAAUAUAGUAUUACUCAGAAUGCCACAUUGCAUUUACUCUACCACCAAAAGGUUGCAAAGGGAUUUGAGUGGAUAGAACGCCUCAUCUUUUCCAACAGUCAGAUGUCAGUGCUAGGAUUUCAUAAUGACAAGUUUGUUUGCUAUGAUGUUGCUAACAGUGAAAGAAAGGUGGCACUGCAGUGUGGAGGUGGGCACAGGGCCUGGGAUUAUAGCCAGAGGGGCACAGAUGUCAGAUUCGUUUGUGUCAAAGCAGGGACUGUCCAACUUCAUCGUGCAACCAUUAAUACAGCCCACAAAACACUGAAGUCUAGUCUACAUGGGAGGGAACUGACCUGUGUGAAACAUCUAUGCAGUAUUCAAACACCAGGUGGAACCACUGUUUCUGUGUGUGUGACGGGCAGUGAAGAUACCUUUAUAAACAUAGUUGCAAUCAACCAAAAUGAUGAUGACCUUUGUCAGCUGACAGUGAAAGAGAGGCUCCAAGGUCAUGUGUCCAGUGUCCGUUGCCUGGCAACCAGCCCAAGUGCCAUCUCCAUAGACAAGAAGUGUGUUGAAACUUCAUCCACCACUUCACCACACUCCAUGAUUCUUUUCUCUGGUGGUGGGAGGGCUCAAAUCAAAGUUUGGUGUAUCAAUAUAUUUACAGCCAUGUCAUCAAUAUCAGAAAAUGGGACCAAAAAUAAUGCACGUGAAGUCCAGUGUCAGUAUGAACUACUUACUUCAUACACAAUGUCACAAUCAUUGAAACGACAAAAACAUUGGCGAUCGACUCAAGUUGAUUCCAACCCUGAGACCAGAUUUAUGGACGUUACAGCUUGUAACCUCGGGGAAAGUUUAAAAAAUGAUGAUCUACAUGGUUUUCAUUUUCUAGCAGCUGGGUGCUCUGAUGGAUUUUUAAGAUUCUAUAGUUUUCAAGAAAAAACAAACAAUCUAACAUUAGUGGGGGACAGUGAUUUCCAUCAACAUUGUGUUCUAACAAUUGGUCAUGAAGUCAUUACUAUAGAUGGUGCUCCGUCAUUAAUUGUCUACUCAGGAGGAACAGAUGGUAAAAUUGCAUUAUGGGAUAUCUCCAAAAUAUUCUCAAAGACAACUGAAAAGUCUGAGUUGACUUUGGAUGCAGAUAUUUCCCCUGUGUUGAUACUACCUGCACAUCAAUCUGGUGUAAAUAGUAUCUGUAUACGACAGGUUCAUGACAGUGAAUACGUAGUGGCCAGUGGAGGAGAUGACAACUCACUGGCGAUACACCUAUUGACAGCUACACAAAAAUCAGAAAGUCUACAAAGAAACACUUUCCAGCUUACAUUGUCUGUGAUAAAACGUUGUGUACAACUCAGUGCACAUGGGGCUCAAAUCACAGGUAUUCAAGCCCUUGAGGGUGGUGACAUCAUAACAGCUUCUAUAGACCAGAGGCUGAAUGUAUGGAGAAUCUCUCCUGAUUUCAAAAAGAUUGACUGCAUAUUAUCUCGUUAUGUCAGUGUUGCUGAUAUAGCCAGUAUGGAUCUUUCAAAUGUGAACAUCACAAACGAAGACUCCAGUAGCAAAUGGCAGGACCAGACUGUUGUUGUAUGUGGUGAGGGUUUCCAGCUUUUAAAACUUAGAGGGAUUGUUGUAAAAAGGACACAUCAUAAGGAAAAUACUACAUAUGGAAAAUACUACAUAUGAAUCUGUUGUACAUAUCAACAAUAUGUCCUCAAACUGCAGUCAUGCAUGGCUUUUA